CCUUCCUUACUCUUCUGUCUAGCGGCGCCGCUUCUAGCUCGCGUUCUUUCCGCCGUUCGUCCAUUUGUUUUCUCCAUCAAACAGUAUUCAGAAUGGCUUCAGAGACCCAGUUUUUGGACGGAGAAAUGCGCUCUGACGUCGAGGACACAAAACUGAUGAAGAUGGAGACGUCAGACUGCGUGAGCGGCAAGGAGGAGGUCGCCACCGAGAACGGCGACGGCGUCAAAGUGGAGGAAAUGACCUCGAGGGACUACUACUUCGACUCGUACGCGCAUUUCGGCAUCCACGAGGAGAUGCUGAAGGACGAGGUCCGCACACUCACCUACAGGAACUCCAUCUACCACAACAAACACUUAUUCAAGGGAAAGGUGGUUUUGGACAUUGGCUGUGGCACCGGCAUCCUGUCCAUGUUCGCCGCCAAGGCCGGCGCCCGAAAGGUCAUCGGCAUCGAGUGCUCCAACAUUGUCGAGUACGCCAGGAAAAUCGUGGCUGCCAACAGACUCGAGCACAUCGUCGAAAUCGUCAAGGGAAAGGUUGAGGAAGUGUCCCUUCCCGACGGCUUGACACACGUGGACAUCAUCAUUUCCGAAUGGAUGGGCUAUUGCCUCUUCUACGAGUCAAUGCUGGACACGGUGCUGUUCGCGAGGGACAAGUGGCUGGCGCCGGACGGCCUUAUGUUCCCUGACAAGGCGACGCUGUUCGUGUGCGCCAUCGAGGACAGGCAGUACAAGGACGAAAAGAUCAACUGGUGGGACGACGUUUACGGCUUUGACAUGAGCUCCAUCCGCAAGACGGCCAUCAGUGAGCCUCUCGUCGACAUAGUUGAUCCCAAACAGGUGGUGACGAACGCGUCGCUGCUGAAGGAGGUGGACCUGUACACUGUAAAAAAGGAGGAGCUGACGUUCUCGUCGCCGUUCCACCUGCAGGUGCGGCGGAACGACUACGUGCAGGCGCUGGUGACGUUUUUCAACAUCGAGUUCACCAAGUGCCACAUGCGGAUCGGGUUCAGCACGGCGCCCGAGGCGGCCUACACGCACUGGAAGCAGACCGUGUUCUACCUCGAGGACUACGUGACCGUGAAGAAGGGCGAGGUGAUCAACGGCGUCUUCGCCAUGAAGCCGAACGCGCGCAACAACCGCGACCUCGACUUCGAGGUGCAGAUCGACUUCAACGGAGAGCUGUGCGAGCUGCACGAGUCCAACAAGUACCGCAUGCGCUGAGAAUCUCGCCGUCGCCGUCGCCACCUCCUUUCCUUUCAAAUUUGAAAAAUAUAAAAACAAACGACAAACUCGGCCGGCUGCUACUCUCCGUUUCCAAUACAGCAACAACGUGUCAUCCUUCUGCAACUGCGCGCGAGAACCGAGAAGGAACUCGAGCAAAAGAUUACCCCCGAAUCUGAUUCCGGGACAGCGUUUUACCAACCGCAGUGAUCUGUACGUUUAAUUUUUUGUAUUCUCUAGCAUGUGAUUUUGACGUAUAAAUUAUGCAUUUAGAUCACAA